ACAGAGGAUAGUGGCCACAGAGUGAUGGGCUUGAGGAUGCUGGGCAUGAGGUGGGCAUGAGAACAAAGGACAUGACACAGCAGCACUGGGAGUGGGAGUGAAUAUGGGCAUCAGGAGGGCUGGGUACAGAUAUGGACUUCGGCGUAUGGGAGGUGUAGGCACGGGGCAGGCUUGGGGCAUGGGGUGUGGAGCAUAAGCAUAGGACUUGGGCACGUGUGUUGUAAUAGGGCCUUAAGCGUAGCGUGGGCAUCAGAGGCACUGGGCACAAGAUAGGCAUAGGUGAAUGGCAGUCGGCAUGGGAUGGUGGUAUAAAGGCGUGGCAGUGAGCAUAGGGGCUUGAGGCACGGAGUAUGAGAGCCAGAAGUGGGAGCAGAUGUGGGACAUGAGACAGGCAUAGGGACGUGAAAGUGGGUGUAGGACACAGCACACAAUGGGGAUGUGGGCUUACAGGAUGUGGGUUCACAGGACAUGGGCAUAGGAUGUGAGCACAAGGUAGGCACCAGGUGGGACGCCCCAUCUUGGCUCGUAGAACUGCGCGCCCACCUGCAGGAUGGUCGCCCAGAGCCUGAGUAUCAGAUCCGACUGUGCUUUGGCGAGGAAUACCCGGGGCCCCCGGACCAGCCCGAAGAGCGGCUCAUCAUGGCCCACGUGGAGCCAGUCUUCGCCCGCGAGCUCCUCCUACAUUCGAAGCGCCAAGGCCAGUUGCCUCAGUGGCGGGUCCCCAGCCCCGCAUCCCCGACAGCGUCACUCACCUGCUGAUACAGCUGAGUCAACCCUAAGCGGCUGCUUCUUCCUGCCGUACCCUCUAAAGUCAGCCCCCCAAAGGGUGCAGACCUCACCUCAGCCAUGCCCCAACUGAGCAGGGAACUUGCAGUGUCGCCCCGCCCAUCGCCCAGGNNGGGAGGCUGGGCCAGUGGCCCUUUUAACCAGCCUGGGCAGGCUGUACCGGACACCGGCCCUGGACACCGUGCCUGGCCCCUGCGGUUCCGGCAGCCGCCAGCCUGGCCAGCCCAGUCAAUCCAGUCGGUCAGCAUGCAGCAGCAGCCCCCAGCCGGGCCCCUAGCCCCAACAGCCGAGCCGACCAAGCCGCCCUACAGCUACAUCGCCCUGAUUGCCAUGGCCAUCCAGAGCUCGCCGGGGCAGCGGGCCACGCUCAGCGGUAUCUAUCGCUACAUCAUGGGCCGCUUUGCUUUCUACCGCCACAACCGACCCGGCUGGCAGAACAGCAUCCGUCACAACCUGUCACUCAACGAGUGCUUUGUCAAGGUGCCCCGCGAUGAUCGCAAGCCGGGCAAGGGCAGCUACUGGACACUGGACCCCGACUGCCACGACAUGUUCGAGCACGGCAGCUUCCUGCGCCGCCGCCGGCGCUUCACCCGGCGGGCAGGCACCGAGGGCGCCAAGGGCCCUGCCAAGGCACGCCGCGGACCCCUCAGAGCCACCGGCCAGGACCCAGGAGCCCCUGACGCCACAACUGGCAGGCAGUGCACAUUCCCGCCGGAGCUGCCGGAGCCCAAGGGCCUAAGCUUUGGGGGUCCAGGAGGGGCCUUGCCAUCCAGCAUGUGCUCAGCAACCCCUGAUGCCAGGCCUCGGCCACCUGCAGAGCCCAAGGAGAUGCCCAUGCCCAAGCCUUCAGGCCCAGGGGAGCUCCCCAUGGCCACCUCGUCUUCCCCGUGCCCAGCAUUUGGCUUUCCUGCCAGCUUCUCUGAGGCUGAGGGGUUCAGCAAGACCCCUGCGCCCAUCUUGACCUCUGAGGCGGCCAUCGGGAGCAGCUACCAGUGCCGGCUGCAGGCACUGAAUUUCUGCGUGGGGACUGACCCAGGCCUUGAGCACCUCUUGGCCUCAGCAGCCCCCUCCCCUGCCCCACCCACCCCUCCAGCCUCCCUCCGAGCCCCACUGCCCCUGCCAGCUGACCCCAAAGAACCCUGGGUUGCAGGCAGCUUCCCUGUCCAGGGAGGCUCCAGCUAUCCACUGGGGCUGACCCCCUGUCUAUACCGGACGCCAGGAAUGUUCUUCUUUGAGUGAAGCCAGCCGGCCUCAGGCAGUCCCUGCGGAGCCCCUCCCAACUCCACCCUCCAGGCUAAGCCUGACUCUAGGAUCUGGGGAGCGCUCAAAGGAGAAGGCCUGGCGAGGAAGCUAAGAUGGGAGUGAACACUCGGCCAGCCCCCAGGACCUCUGGACAGACUUGGGGGUGUGGGGAAGCAGGGCCCCCUUGGGGAUUUACUCUGUGGCUCUCAGGGCCAAUAAAGCCAGUGUGAUGAUGAG